AAUGAUAAGAGACCCACUGGUAGUGAGUAGCUGGCUCAAGGGCCGUGUCACUCCCUGCCCCCUUCUCAGACCAGGGUUAUUGGGGAACGCUGAGGGCGUUCAACCUGGUUGGAUGUAAGAGUGGGCGACGGAACUGAAUUUCCCUGUAGCUGGGCUCUCAGCACAGAACUGCUAUGCCACAGUUCGGGCACCACGGCAACGGGGGAAAUAAACACUCCGGCCUCACAGCACAAGUUCUGUCGCCAUGUGAUGUCAUCCUCCACUCCAGUCACUGGGCCCCACACCUCUGUGGCUUCAGCUGCUGAGCCCAAGCUUCUUUCCCCACAACCCCCAGCCGUUUUGGAAUCUCUUAAGUAGGUUGGGUAGUGACGGAGGGGCCUGGGUAGGGCUCCUGGCUCCUGGCUUCCAGGCACUGCUUGUAAUAGCUCAUGUUUCCUCCCAGCCUUCACCAUGAAACUCCCCAAGGGGGCCAGGAACUGUGUGUUCUAUGCACAGCACCCGGAGAAGAGAGAAGAGGUGCCCUCAUGGAAGGAAAUAAAGCAGACCCCUGUUGUCAUGGCCACAAUCAAAGGUCCAGGGCCUGCCAAGUACCUCCGGCCAUCCUGUACCGGCUACAUAGCCCACGACACCUCAAUGUUUCAGGAACCAGCUUACAGCCUGCACAGGCGGCACACUGAGAAACGGAUUGUAGACAUAUGCAGCCCCGGGCCUUGCUAUUUCUUGGAUCCUAAAGCAACUCGCUUUGGAAUAUCUACCUGCCCUCAGGUCCCCAUGGAGGAGCGCAUCUCCAACCUACGCCUAAGCACCACCCCAGCCCCCUGCCACUACAACCUUGAGAAGACUCGCCCCCCUGGCGAACGUACGGCUCCCCAGUACACGUUUGGCUACCGGUGUCCAUAUAGAGUGAUGGAUCCCAACCCAGCCUCCAACAAGUACCAGCUGCCACACUCGCUGGGGCCCAACACCCCUGUCUUACCAGCUGCCCCCUGCUAUAGUCUGGGUUCCUUAAGCAAGAAUUGGUUCUACAAAGAGGAUAUAGCAGGAGGCCCUGGACCUGCUAAGCAUGCCCGACCUGAGCCGUCCGUCUACCAGAACCGCAGCCCCGUGUAUAGUGUGGCCAAGCGCUUUGCCUAUCCACUGGACCACACACUUCGGCCUGGCCCUGGCUCCCACAACGUCCAGCCGGUCACUGUGCACAAGCCCCGCAUACCCGCCUUCACCAUGGGCAUCAAACACUCGCCCCACUUGUGCCCACUGAUUGUGGACAUUCUCGACUGAGUCCACUGCUGGUGCAUGCCCCUUCCUCCUCAAGGAUGCCAUGUUUUCAGUACCAUAUUGAGUGACAUGAGCAUGGAUUCCUGUAGCGGAGCUGGUGUCUGCUGAGUGGCCAGCACAC